AUGCUCAGGAAUCCCAAACAACUUUGCUAUAAUGGGUUGCUGCUGCUAGGCCAGCCCUACCCCUCACUGCUAUCCUCAUGCCACCCUCGCUCACGACACUACGCCACAGCUCACGAUGAUUUCUCAGAGCGCGACCUUUCGUGGCCGUCCACUCCAUCGUUCACUCCGUACGAUGUAUUCGGUCAAGCGAGAAGUGCUCCAUACUCGAAACAGCGCUACUACGACCUAGUUAAAAUUUACCAUCCCGACCGGCCCUGCAACGGCCACCCGCUAUGCAAGGAUAUCUCUCCGGAAGUGCGACUUCAGCGGUAUCGAAUCGUUGUCACGGCUCAUGAGAUCCUUUCGGACCCCACGAAGCGUGCGGCCUACGACCAGACAGGGACGGGAUGGAGCUUUAGCCCUAUUGUUGCUCGCCGUGGGACCGACCCAAUCUAUAGCAAUGCGACCUGGGAGGACUGGGAGCGGUGGCAUAACCGGAAUGAACCGAAGCAGCAGAACAUUGUUGACCAUAAAACAUUUGUGACGUUCGUUAUACUUUUGUUCUUCAUGGGUGGCGCCCUACAGGCCUCGUGGAUUACGCAAGUCAGCACUGGGUAUGAUGAUAAACUGAGAGAGUUGAAUGAGCAGUCUACGCGGUUCUUGAAUGAGCGCCGGAAGCACACGGUUAAUCAGAUGACUUCAGCGGAUGCAAAGGUGCAGCAUUUUCUUGUUCGAAGGGACCCUUCAGGCUAUGGGUUGAAGGAGGAAGAGCAAGGUGUUUAUAAGGAAGUUCUUAGCCCUAAGAACUCUCCAUCACCUGCAGAAGCGCUCGAGCCUGCCCCCGAUCGUCCUAAGGGAGGGCAAGACCACCCGACUCAAGCUGAUAGUGAGCUGUCAGUUCGAUGA